CCUUCACAAUUACUAAAUCGACCUCCCAGUCCCAUUCCCCAUUGAAGGCAUAGAGAGCGCUCUGCAAACCCUAGCAAAAUCACAAAAUUGGGAGCGAAGAAGCGACGCAGCAGUCUAGAUCUAAAUGGAUUCAACUGCUCGAAGGAGCGGCGGAGGCCUUCUCGAAGGUCUUUACAAGGUAAUCAUGCGCCGAACCUCCGUCUAUGCCACCUUCGUCAUCGCCGGUGCUUUUGUUGGAGAACGGGUUGUUGAUUAUGGAGUUCAUAAGCUGUGGGAAUACAACAAUGUUGGGAAACGUUAUGAAGACAUUCCAGGCUUGGGGCAAAGGCAAUCAGAAGAAUGACUUUUUGAAUUCCUCCCCCCUGGCGACUUUUUAAGUCGAUACUUUUGGAGUUUGAGGCAUUUAUGUAAUUGAUAGCUUUGUGCAUGUUUUCAAUAAGUAUUAUAUGCUUGUGUGCAUCAGACAUUUUCCAAGCAUGGUUUGAUUCAUCUUAGCUGUCGGAAGUGUUAAAUUGGUACAUGUACGGCUACAAGGAUUCGUCUCAUCCGGGAACAUUGUAUUUUCAUUUAACUUUCUGAAUUUCUAAUCAUGUUAUCUUGAGUCUCCA